UGGGAUGGAGCAGGAUGGCAGCGUGGGCGCUGCUGGGGCCAAUUUGGCAUCGCCCCUACAAGCCCCGGUGCCUGCCAGGCUGCCGGCAGCGAGCUGGGAAGUCCAGUCAGAGGCACGUCCUGCGGACCCCGAGCUGCCCGGUUUGUGCCAGGGGCCUGGGCAGCAGCUGUCGGAGGAGCGCUGAGGAUCGGGCAGCCUCGGCAGCUUCUCUGCUUGGGGCUCACCUCACAGAUGGGCACGAACCAGCCUCCGUCGGCACCCCCGGAGCCACGGAGCCUGGGUUGGACCCCGGCCCUGGCGCAGACCCCGCUGGGCAGGGCUGGAGCUGGCAGGGGGCGGCUGGGGGAGCUCGGCCACUGGCAGAGGCUUCAUAACACAGACUGGGGAGGCUGCCCCGACAUGACGGACCCCUCGGACCGCAUUUGCACGCGUGCCCCUCGCAGGGCUGAGCGCCCCCGGGGUGCCGGCGAGGCCCAGGGACGUGGUGCGUGGCUGCGCGUGCGGGACACGCGGGGAGCUGUGUUUGCGAUGGGGGAGGAAGGCUGGGAGCUCAGCCCAGAGUCUGGGCGUCUGAGCAACCCACUGUCUUUCUGCCUGUGCUGGCAGGCAGCCGGGGCUCAGCGUGCUGGAGACCUGCAUCCUCCCCGUCCCGUCCCGCUGUCUCCUCCCAGCUGUGGGCUCACAAGGAGUGGCAGCUGGGGGAUAUAUAAAGGCAGGGGAACCUCAGCCAGCUCAAAAGAAACUCUUGGAGCUACUGGUGUUCUCCCUCCCUCCCUUCAUGUGAUUCAGCUUCCCCACACCGGGAGCCGAGGACAAGCCUCACUGUGCGAGAUGGCUGCCGGCAGCUGCCGCCUCCUCCUCUUCCUCCUGCCCUGGCUGGUCACGGCCUCGCACAGCCCACCCGGCUGCAAGAUCCGGAUUACCUCUAAGGGGCUGGACCUGGUGAAGCAGGAGGGGCUGCGCUUCGUGGAGCAGGAGCUGCAGAACAUCACGGUGUCGGACCUGCAUGGGAAGGAGGGGCAGUUCCACUACAACAUCAGCCAGGUCAAGGUGAUGGACCUGCAGCUGGCAUUUUCUGACCUGCACUUCCAGCCUCAGCAGCACCUUGUCUUCAACAUCAAAAACGCCUCCAUCAGCCUGCGCUUCCGGAGACAGCUGCUCUACUGGUUCUUCUAUGACAUUGGGUCCAUCAAUGCCUCUGCGGAUGGCGUCCACAUUCACACAGUGCUGCAGCUGGCCAAGGAUGAGGCUGGGCGCCUGAAGAUCUCUAACAUCAGCUGCAAUGCCUCCAUUGCCAGAAUGCACGCAGGCUUCUCCGGCACACUCAGGAAGGUCUAUGAGUUCCUGAGCACCUUCAUCGUCACAGGGAUGCGCUUCCUCCUCAGCCAGCAGAUCUGCCCGUCCCUGGAGCAUGCCAGCCUGGUGCUGCUGAACUCUGUGCUGGACACGGUGCCGGUGAGGAACUAUGUGGAUGAGCACAUCGGGAUUGACUACUCCCUCCUGCGGGAUCCAGCUGUCUCCAUGGACACCCUCGACCUAGACUUCAAGGGCAUGUUCUUCCCCCGUGCGAGAGAGAACCAGGAGCUGGAGAACCACGCGGUGGAGCCGGUGAUCAAGGAGACCGAGCGUAUGGUCUACGUUGCCUUCUCCGAGUACUUCUUUGACUCGGCCAUGCACGCGUACUUCCAGGCAGGUGUGCUGACCAUAGAACUCCAGGGGGAGAAGGUGCCCAAGGACCUGGAGGUUUUGCUGAGAGCCACCUUCUUCGGGACCAUCUUCAUGCUGAGCCCUGCUGUGGAUGCUCCCCUGCGGCUGGUGCUGCAGGUGUCAGCUCCCCCCCGCUGCAUCAUCAAACCCUCGGGCACCUCAGUCUCCGUCUCUGCCUUCCUCAACAUCUCACUGGUGCCCCCGGGCCGCCCUGCUGUCCAGCUCUCCAGCAUGGCCAUGGAAACGAAGCUGAGCGCCAAGGUGUUUCUGCAAGGGAAGGCGCUGCGCGUGCAGCUGGACCUGCGACGGUUUCGCAUCUACUCCAAGCAGUCUGCGCUGGAGUCGCUAGCGCUGUUCUCACUGCAGGCCCCACUGAAGACCCUGCUGCAGCUGACGAUCAUGCCACUCAUUAAUGAGAGGACUAAAAAGGGCGUGCAGAUCCCACUGCCAGAAGGCAUGGACUUCACCAAGGAGGUGGUCACCAACCAUGCGGGAUUCCUCACGGUGGGAGCUGAUCUCCACUUCUCCAAGGGGCUGCGGGAAGUGAUUGAGAAAUACCGCCCAGUCCCUACCGCCCCUGCCUACCCCAGCUCACAGCCUGCAGAGCCCAGUGUGGACCCCCACCAGCUCUAGCUCCUCUCCCCACUUGCUCCUUCACCCUGGACUGAGGGCAGAUCCCGGGCUGGACCCGUAGACUGUAGGUAGGAAGCAGCUUCCCCAGUACCACUGGCAUGUCCUGCAGGGUGCCUGUGCCCUGGUGGGUAGCAGCAAGGCGGAGACGGCUGCUCUGGGAACCCCUGCUGCACCCCUUCUCAUUACACUAAUAAACCACUCGACUCCAA